AUGUCUGCAUUGUCUUUGUCAGGGUACUUCUUGAUGGAGCACAUGUGCACCCCCCCUAUUGUUGAAGAUGGAGAUGUUCAUGUUUGCAUCACCUGCUGUUUGUGGCUUGUUCACAUCUUCCACAUCGACCACUGCAAGCCUAGUGACCUUGAACCAGCCUACACUGUUGAUGCAGUCCACCAGCUUCAUGGAGAAGUUAGCAGGGAAGUGCAGGCAAAUGCUUUACUGACCUUCCACAUGCAUGUACGAGCCACACAUGCUACCUGCCACAUAUUGGAAGAGUUCCACCUCAACCAUGAAGCAUUUGAGUGGGUGUUGGACAAGAUUGAGGUGAAGUUCAACCAUACUCUGGUUAACCCUGGAGGGAUGUGCAGUACUGUUGCUGCCCAGUCCAUUGGUGAACCAGCUACUCAAAUGACUCUCAACACCUUCCACUAUGCCAGUGUGUCCAGCAAAAAUGCUACGCUCAGUGUCCCCUGUCUGAAAGAAAUCAUCAACAUUGCUACCAAUAUCAAAACACUUUCGCCUUCUGCAUCAUUACUCAAAGUGACUCUUAAUGCCUUCCACCAUGCUGGUGUAUACAACAGAAAUGCUAAGCUUGGUAUCCCCCAUCUGAAAGAAAUCAUCAACAUCACUAUGAAUAUCAAAAUGCUUUCACUUUCAGUGGAUUUGGAAAUCGAGUCAAAGCUCCACCUUCAGUCACCAUGGCACCUUUGGCUGGCACUCAACCAUGCCAGAAAGAUUGAUUGGAGUCUUGCUGUGGUCACUGGCCACAUUGCUGGGAGCUUCAAGAUGGACCUCUUUGUUGUCCAGAGCAAAGAUAACUUGGAGAAAUGGGCAGGCCAGUGCAUUGAAGCUUCCAACAUGCUUGGGAUUGCAGUUGCACAUGCAGCAAUCAUGAAGAAAGUGCAAGGAGUCAUCAAAUUUGGUGGUUCAUACAUGAACUACUGCCACUUGUCAUUGUUCUGCAACCUCAUGACCCAUUGUAGAACACCCAUGGAAAUCACUCCUCAUGGUAUCAACCACACUGACAUUGGCACCCUGGCAUCACUCAUUGGAGGAGAAACAGUGGGGAUUUCGAUGGAAGCUGCUGGGCAUCACUGA